GCAACACGAUGCUCACUUACUAUCAAAGGUCAAUACGUUAAUAUAUUCACACUGCGGCAAUGUUACCUUGACCCGGAUACCGGUAUCUACCAACCAGAAUGCGUCUUUUAUCCAGACGUAAAUGGUCAGACGGCUAAGGCAUCUAUUAUGUAUGGGCAAUUUAUAGAAUCGGUUUAUACAUACUGCCACAGUGAUUCUGGUGAUCCAUCGGGUUAUCACAACGUUGAAGCGCCACAUAAACACAACAUAAUGUGUAGUAGUAAAAGUUCAUGGGACGUAAUGCUAGAAUCAGAUGAUUUUAAAAAGAACAACAAUCCACCUAUUGAAGGAGAGGUGAAUACCGAGCCGAUCUUUCGUAUUGUUCAAGCCAGAGAAAGGAGAGUUGUUUUGGUUUUAGAUACCUCUGGAAGUAUGUCGGGUGUACCACUAGAGAAGCUUCUUCAAUCAGCUACACAUUACCUACGUUAUACCAUUGACGAGGGUAGCUAUGUCGGCAUUGUUGAAUUCGACACAGUUUCCAACGUAUUGUCCGAAUUGGUCUACAUUUCUAAUAACGAUACAUCUCGGGAGACGUUGGUGGGGGUGUUGCCAAAAGUAGCUAAUGGUGGAACAAGUAUCGGAUCAGGAGUAUUGGAAGGAAUUGCAGUUCUCUCGCGAAACGACGAAAACCCAGCUGGAGGAUAUCUUCUGGUCAUCAGUGAUGGACAAAAUACUAACUCUCCUGGAAUUAAUGACGUCAUAGAUGAUAUAAUUGAUGCCGGAGUCAUAGUAGACACUAUUGCUUUCACUGACGCAGCUGACAAUGAAUUAAGCACCUUAAGCGAAGUUUCGGGUGGAAUCGCUUUCUUUUUCGCUGGCGAUUCAGAUAUUUCUGUUCUUAAUAAUGCAUUUACCGCUACCGUAACCACACGGCCAGAUCUUAGUACACAAUCACUUCCAAUAACGCUAUACAGUGAUUCUCUAACAGCACCGCGUGGUGAUGCAAACGUCAGCGAUUCUGUUUUCAUCGAUUCCACCGUAGGUAUUGAAACAGUGUUCACGUUUUCCUGGAUCGGGGAUUUAAUCCAGGUGUGGCUAGAAUCACCGGAUGGAAACUUUGUUGAUCAAAGUCAAUACAUUAUCGAUACGGACACGAAUAUUAUCACAAUCAAGAUAAAUGACACGGCGAUGUCCGGUGACUGGGUAUUUACAAUUGGAAAUGUCAACAGGAUAUCAGCAUCGCAAGUGGUCACCAUCACCGUAACUUCAAAACAAUCUUCCGAUGAGGAUCCCAUUGAGGUACAAGCUUUAGUCAGUAAUCCUACAAUCGACUUCUCGACAGAACCUGUGAUAAUCAUCUAUGCAAUCGUCACAAAAGGUUACCUACCUGUAAUCAAUGCCCAGGUGUAUGCUAGCGUUGAAGGUCCUGAUGGUAUUACAGAAAUUCAGCUUCUUGACAACGGAGCACAACCAGAUAUAACGAAGGAUGAGGGGGUCUAUUCCGGUUAUUAUUUAGAAUUUUCAGGUAAAGGUCGUUAUAGUGUCGACAUAAAAGUGAACAACUCAGCCAAGACGGCAAUGGUUAACAUGGCAAAGGCUACCGGAUCAUUACCGAUUAAACCAGAAUCAAUUAAUGAGGAUUUACCUGUAUUUGAGCCGACGGGAAUGUUUGUUCGUACGACUUCUGGUGGGGCAUUCCAGGUCGAAAACUAUGUCAACGAUCCUACAGAUAAUUUAGCACCUUCUCGAAUUCUGGAUCUCAGUGUAUUAAAGACUUCAUACAGUGAGCAAAGCGUAGCUCUUCAGUGGACAGCUGUCGGUGAUGACUUUAACAAAGGAACUGCAACAAAAUAUGAAUUGAUGGCUGCAAGUCAGUACUCACAACUUCUCUACGAUUUCGCUAAUUCAAGAUUGGUAACGAAUGAUGACCUAAUCAGGGGAAAUAUGUCUAUUAUUAGCCCAGCCGGCACUAGGGAAACGGUCACCAUAAGAGUUCCAACACGUGGUGAGAAUGCAACAUACUUCUUUGCUAUUCGUGCUUACGACGAGGCAGAUAAUUACGGAGAGGUUUCUAAUAUUGUGUCUGCGAACAUGGAAUACAUCCCACCAAUUCCCGAAGAUCCCGGCACGCGUACUGCACUCUGGGCCACCCUAGGUACAUUAAUAGGAAUUGCUCUAAUCGCUGGAGUAAUUUUCGCAUUUACUCGACACAGUAAAAAACAGAAAGAAAAACAAAGUAAAGUAGAAAGUUCUGGAAACGUGAACAGUGGAAUGGACAAUGCUACACCUGAACCUUAGGAUAAAUGUCUUUUUUUUUUUUAAACCUUGAAUAGAUAAUAUUGUAAAUAUUAAUACAUAGUAGUAGUGAUAUAAAAAAUCACAGGUCCUUCUGUUGGUUUUUUUUCUGACGAAAUUUAAACCUUAAAUAGAUAUUUUUGUAAAUAUUAAUAAAUAUAAAAAAUCGCAGGUCCUCCAUUGAAAGAUACAGGCCUAUUAUCAUAUUAUAAGUAACGAAACAGCUUACAUAAAGGCAUCUAAAGUUGUAAUGAUAUAACUAUUAGAUUGAAUAAGAUUGGUCUAUCUAGGGUUUUAGAUUUAUUGAAAUAAUACAACUAUUGUUAUUAAACCGUAACUAUUGUUAUUAAACCGUAAAAGUGUAUAUGGUGGCCUAUAAAACACAAUACAAAAGAAGUUGGAUACCAUACUUCAAUAGAUGAUUGGCAUUGUAAGUGUCGAUUUGUAUUUUUUCUGCAUAAAAGAAUUAAAGAGAGAGGUAACAUGUUAGUAAGCACAACA